GUCAGGCGCUGAACCGGAAGCUGUUUCGUCUUCUCUGUCUGUGUGUGUGUGUUUGUGACUGAGAGCUGGGUGAUACACUGACAGCUGAACGAUACGAUGUAACAGUGACCUCCCCGAGAGCAGUCCGCGUGGAUUAUGUGUUGAUUUGAGGGGGAUGCUCGUGAUCGUGACCCGCUGAUGUCUCCACACGAGCGUUUCGCGCGGGCGUGAUCUUCUCGCGGAUCGCAGAGCCCGUGUUUCCUCCCGUUGUCCGCGGCUGUUACGCCCAUCAUCUGCGGCAGGGCUCCGUCGAUCAGUGCCGCUCGUUGAUCCGCACACACCGGGACUCAUGGGGAACAGCACGUCCUGCUGCGUGUCGUCCAGCCCGAAGCUCCGGCGGAACGCGCACUCGAGGCUGGAGUCGUACCGGCCCGAACCGGAGCUGAGCCGCGAGGACACGGGCUGCAACCUGCAGCACAUCAGCGACAGAGAGAACAUCGACGAGCUCAACAUGGAGUACAAUCCUUCGGACCACCCUCGCGCCAGCACCAUCUUUCUCAGCAAGUCUCAGACAGACGUUCGGGAAAAACGGAAAAGUCUGUACGUCAACCAUUUAACACACAUUGCGGAGUCAAAGCAACAUCCAUCUGGUCCGAUGAGACGCAAGUACAGCUCCUGUUCGACAAUAUUCCUGGACGACAGCACCGUCAGCCAACCCAACCUCAAAUACACCAUUAAAUGUGUUGCCCUCGCAAUUUACUACCACAUAAAGAACAGAAAUGUGGACGGGCGAAUGCUGUUAGACAUAUUUGAUGAAAAACUUCAUCCACUGUCAAAAUUAGAGGUGCCGUCAGACUAUGACAAGCACGACCCGGAACAGAAACAGAUCUACAGAUUCGUCCGUACGCUCUUCAGUGCCGCCCAGCUCACGGCUGAGUGUGCCGUAGUUACUCUGGUGUAUCUGGAGAGAUUGUUAACAUAUGCAGAGAUUGAUAUUUGUCCUGCUAACUGGAAGAGGAUUGUUUUGGGUGCCAUCCUGUUGGCGUCAAAAGUGUGGGAUGAUCAGGCCGUAUGGAAUGUUGACUACUGCCAGAUCCUCAAAGACAUCACCGUGGAAGACAUGAAUGAGUUGGAGCGACAGUUUCUGGAGCUGCUGCAGUUCAAUAUUAAUGUUCCAUCAAGCGUGUAUGCCAAGUAUUAUUUUGACUUGCGUUCACUUUCUGAGGCGAACAACCUUAGCUUUCCCCUGGAACCUCUCAGCAGAGACAAGGCCCAGAAGCUCGAGGCAAUCUCCAGGCUUUGUGAUGACAAAUAUAAAGACUUGAGAAAAGCUGCCAAGAAGCGCUCAGUGAGCGCAGAUAACCUGACAGUGGUCCGAUGGUCGCCGGCCAUCAUAUCCUAAUAACGGUGGACACUGAGGACUUUCACGAGAGACUGAGAGAGAAAGACUAUCAUAAGAAGCGUUCUCUGAGAGGACACAUAUGUGCUUAGUACCUCCAUGAGACUCUUGAGCCAGAGUGUGUCAGAAGAGUGUUCUUGCUGGCCGUACGGCUGCUGUAUAUACAAGACACCCACACAAAGAUCACUUUCCAACCUGUGGCUUAGAGGAAAGAGAGGAGGACACUGCUACUGCAGUUCAGAAAUACUAUAGGAUGCGAAUGAAAGGAUGAAAAACGAGGGAGAAAGACGCCCAAUGACUGGAACCACAUUCCAACUGCUCUGUCAUAUGUGUUUGCCAUUCUAGGUGAGGAAGUAUUCGUACUGUUUAUUGAUUUUGUAUGGUUAGAAAAAUUCCACUUGGACGCUCAAGGAUGUGUUGUAUCAAGAUCAAGAGACAAAAUCAACUAUUUCUCAAGAUAUUCCCUAGAUAUUCCUCCAUUCCUUAAAAUAUUUCUUUCCAAAUGGCUGUGAGCUGAUUAAACUAUAAAAUUACCACUGUUCUUACAAACUGUUGCUUAACAUUUUAUCUCUUCAAGAUUUAUUUUAAAUUUAAAACAUUCUUAAUGACGGUUUACUGAUCUAAAAUUAGUCUAACAAUGCAAGAUCAUGGGAAAAUAUACAUUUUGGACUUCUCUGUUUAGUUGGAAUAUUUUAUUGUGUAGUUGUUGUUGUUUUUGUUUUCCCAAUUUGUAAUACUCGAUAAAGGCAGUUUGCACCAUUUAGUCUUAUAAUCCAAGAGUAAUUGAAGUUAACUUUGUAUUUCCAAAAGGAAUGUGUUGUGGAGGGUUUCAGGGAUAUGAAGUCCCUGGGACUUUCCUUUUGAAACACAAGAUUUGAUGAGCCUUGAAAUGGACUGAAAUUGGAAGUUUUAAUUCUGAAAUCUAAGGUUUUCUUCUGCAGAACCAACAUUGACAUUCCAUCAUCAAUGACCAUGAACGUGUAUAAGCUCCAUAUUCUUGUCGUAAAUUUUUUUUUUUUUUUUUUAUAUAACCUCGAAUGCCAGAUAUACACAUGCUGUGUCACUCAUUUCCAAUUCUCAAAGCAAUACGCUGUGCUCUUUUCCGUACAAUACCUGCUGGAAAGAUUGAAGUGAAUAUUUGAAAGGCUCCUAACGAACUUUUAGAUGAUUUUGAGUCAAAACACAAAGGUGAAGCUCUUAGUGUUUUGCAGCGUUUUAUUUCUCAAUUACAAUGCAUCAAACCAUAGACUGAAUUGAAAGAGUAAAAGAAUUCCUGCUGUAUCCACUGCCAUCACCUGCGGUGCCUGCAUUUAGCGGGAAAAUGGCCUUAGAUGAAGAAUAUGAAAUUAGCAACAUUUAAAAUUAAUCUCGUUAAGACAUAAUGUUUUUAGACAGCAAAGUUAAUUUUAAAAUCAGUUCUCCCCUGUUGUAAAAGUUAUGUUUAAUUAUGCCAUCAGAUGUAUGUGAUGAUUCGUUAUAUUUUCUGUUAAGAAUAACUGAGACUUUUUCCUUUGUGACACUUCAUUCAGAAACACCUUGAGAAUUAGUACUUCCAGAAAUAGAUGUUGUAUACUGUACAUACAUAAAUAAAUUUAAUUAUAAUCUUUA